GGACUGUGUGUGUGUGAAUUGCCCUAGUUUUGCUGGAGAGAUUUCGGAAGAAAUCGCCUUCUCAGAGAGAGAGAGAGAGAUGCGAAGCUUCAAGUCAACACUCUUGCUGAGGCGUUGUACUCGCAAUUCUGGCUUCAUCUCUCAACAAAGAUGCCUCAGUUCUCAAUUCGACCAUGCCCUCGUUGAUGAUUCUGAGAAUAUAGUACUAGUUGAAGGCAAAGCCAGUUCUAGAACUGCAAUUCUCAGCAGACCCUCUUCUCUCAAUGCUCUCAACACUUCAAUGGGGGAUAGGUUAACCAAGCUGUAUAAAAGUUGGGAAGAUAACCCUGAUAUUGGUUUUGUGGUGUUGAAGGGCAGUGGCAGGGCGUUCUGUGCUGGUGGUGAUAUUGUUGCUCUCUAUCAUUUGAUAGAUGAAGGUAUAACUUGGCACAAAUUUUUCGUUAGGACUGCAUGGGAAAUUUAUCCACUUUCCACAAUUGAUGCUUUAACAUGUGUUCAAUACGGAAUAAAGUUAUCCAAGUUAAUAGUAAGAAAUUCGCUUUAG